UCUUCAGUUGAUGAAUUUUAAUUUACUGCGAGCCAGCAUUGAUACAAGAAGACACGUCAAAACAAUCAACAUGGACGGUGGAUUGCUGGAACCUUCACCUUAUUCUAUCAAAGCAAUAACAAUUCUUGACAAUGAUGGAAACAGAUUGUUGGCAAAGUACUAUGAUGAAACCUUUCCAACUGCAAAAGAGCAAAAAGCAUUUGAGAAAAACUUGUUUAAUAAAACUCACAGAGCAAAUGCUGAAAUAAUUAUGUUUGAAGGUCUGACAUGCGUGUACAAAAGUAAUGUUGAUCUUUUUUUCUAUGUUGUUGGUUCAUCUAUGGAAAAUGAGUUGAUUCUAGCUAGUGUUCUUCAUGCUUUUUAUGACUCUAUAAGUCAAAUACUAAGAAAAAAUGUGGAAAAGAGGGCACUUCUAGACAAUCUUGACGCAGUGUUUUUAGCUGCUGAUGAACUAUGUGAUCAAGGAAUCAUUCUUGAAGCAGACAGCAAUGCCAUAGUCCAAAAAGUAGCUAUAAGAAAUGAAGAUAUACCUCUUGGGGAACAAACAAUGGCUCAGAUUACUGCUAAGUAUGGCCAACAGGUGUCAGCAGCAACAGAUAGGGUUCUUCAGUCUGCCAAGGAUCAGAUUAAAUGGUCUUUACUGAAAUGAAGGAGCUGUUUUUUUUUUUUUGUUUUUUUUUUGCUACGUAUAUGUAUAAUAAUAAUUAUGAAUAAAAACUUAUUGGGUUAUUAUAAUGUGAAACCAG